AUGCGCACGUCGAUCCCAUUCCGACCGGACAAGACGACAAGCCUGUGGUCCAUCAUGAAGAACUGCAUUGGCAAGGAGCUAUCCAAAAUCCCCAUGCCCGUCACGUUUAACGAGCCCAUCUCUUUCACUCAGCGUCUGAGCGAGGACUGCGAAUAUGCACACUUGCUGGAUGAGGCUGCGGCUACGACGGAUCCCUAUCAUCGAGCGGCAUUGGUGUCAGCCUUUACCAUCUCUUCCUUUUCUUCUGGCGCGUGGCGCACAGGCAAGCCGUUCAAUCCUUUGCUGGGAGAGACCUUUGAGCUGGAUCGUCGAGCCACGCAUGGUUACAGUUGCAUCCUCGAGCAGGUCAGCCACCACCCGCCCAUCUGCGCCCUUCAUGCGACCUCGGAGCGAGGUUGGACGUUUUGGCAAGAUUUUUCCAUGAACUCCAAGUUCCGCGGAAAAUAUCUCGAGGUGGUUCCCACGGGCAUCAGCCACAUCAUCUUCCAUGAUAAUGACGAUCAUUUCACCUGGACCAAGGUGUCGACGACCAUCCACAAUAUCAUUGUGGGUAAGCUGUGGCUGGAAAAUGCUGGCAAGAUGCUGGUCACCAACCACACGACCGGCGUUGUGUGUGAGCUGGAUUACAAGCCAUACUCUUUCUUCUCCAGUGCCGAGCCGCGCACCGUGGUGGGCCAGGUGAAGGACGUGAGUGGCAAGGUGCACCUGACACUGAACGGCACCUGGGACAAGCAAAUCAGCCAGGAGGCCCCCGGUGAGUCGCUCACGCCUCUCACGAUGUGUCCAGAACAAGCCUCUGAUUUAAAAGCGGAUGAUGCCAAUGGCAUCUCCAAGCGAGUGCUGUGGAAGCGCACAGAACACGUGGCCAACUUUGAAAAGAUGUAUGGUUUCACUCAAAUGGCCAUCGAGUCCAACCAAAUCGGCGUCUUUGAAAAGGGCUGCGCUGUGACUGAUGCACGUUUCCGAAUGGACAAAAACGUCAUGGAGCAAGGCGACUUUGACAUGGCCAAUCGCGUCAAGCACUUGCUCGAGGAAGGCCAGCGCUUUCGUCGUCGACAAUAUGAGAAGACGCAGACUCGGUGGACACCGUGUUGGUUCGAGCUUCGAGAUGAUCCUGUUGUUCCAGGCCGCAAGUCCCACCAGUACAAGGGCGGAUACUGGGAGGCCAAGGAUAGCAACAACUUUGGCGCACAUGAUAUAGUGGACAUUUAUGAUAUUAGCCCUGUGGCUUCCAAAGAUCCAAAGGCAGCUGAGGCGGCCGAUCAAGCCAAAACCAUGAAUGUGACGUAUUAGUAGGGCAUGACCUGGCCGAUACGUUCUGUCGCCCCAUUGCUGCCCUUGCAAACCUUGCGACUGACUUGGCCAUCGAGACUGGUGGCUGGCAGCGAUCAAUCAAUUCAUCAAAAUC